AUUGGGUCAAGAAAUCUGGGCAAUGCGCCGGCCUGGGCUCGCAUACAAGGCGCCGAGGCUGGUCCUCAACGAGGAACAUUCGGGACGUAUGGGGCCACCAGCGAGCAAUUCACCUUUGGGCCAAUUCUAUACGACCUGACUCGAGGCUUCGAGCUCUACGAGGAUAUUGAGGGGAAUGCAGCCGUCAGACUCUUGACCCUGAUGAAGUUCCCCGAUUUAUCUGAUGUGGAAUCGGAUAGAAUAACGGAUCGCUGCUGGAGAGGCGACUAUACAUCACUCGCAGAUCUGGCUGGGGAGGUGGCCAACUUAGGAGGCGCUACUUGGUGGCCUCUGACGUAG